GCAUUUUAGGGAACAUCAUUUCGUUGUAAUAUUUUAUAUGUUUGAGCUACAACAAUUAAUGUUGACUUAUAUUCUUGCUAUAAGGGAUUUUCAAAGACCUUUAACGGUUCUGCUAAGUCAUUCCAUAAAAUGUAAAUGUUUAUAUGAAGGAACAAUAUCAAUCUAGUGUCUAUCAGUUUAGAAUCUAAUAUUAUAUAUAAAUGUAUUGGUAUUUGUAUACUAAGCAGUGUAUGCUUUGAUAAACUAUACAACUGUAUGAGUAUUUCCCUGUAAACAAAAAAAGCGGCUAAGACAAACAUCAAAGUGUUAGAAAAACAUUGAAUGAAACCUGACUUUGUAGAAAAGGUGGAGUCUUUGUUAGACAGCCCCCAAUAGGAUAUGGUAAUUGUUAUUUGCCUCUAUGGACCUGCCUCCUUAAAAUAGUGAUAGAUAUAAACUGUGGCAUCAACACAAAGCCAUUUACUUUAGUCUAGCUAAUUACAGAGGAGCUUAGGCUAAUUUAACUCAAUAUAUCAGCAUCCACAACAGUACCACAAGGAUGGAGAUGGUGGACAGAUGCCAUUUUUCCCCAUCAGAAUUCUUCUAUGAUAGCUCCUGCAUCCCCUCUCCAGAGGAGCAUUUCACAGAUGAUUUUGAGCAGGGGAUGUCUGUCUAUGGAACGCACAAAAACGACAUCGAAGAGUCAGAUGAAGAUGAGCAUGUGAGGGCACCGAGCGGGCACCACCAAGCUGGGCACUGCCUCAUGUGGGCAUGUAAAGCUUGCAAAAGGAAAUCAUCUACCAUGGACAGAAGGAAAGCGGCUACUAUGAGAGAAAGAAGGCGACUGAAGAAAGUAAACCAGGCUUUUGACACUUUGAAAAGAUGUACAACUGUCAAUCCCAACCAAAGGCUGCCCAAGGUGGAGAUACUGCGGAACGCCAUCAAGUACAUAGAGAGCCUACAGGACUUGCUGAGAGAACAGGUUGAGAACUUUUACAGUCUCCCAGGGCAGAGUUGCUCAGAGCCAGGGAGUCCAAUUUCCAGCUGUUCGGAUGGCAUGAAUGAAUGUAACAGCCCCCAGUGGUCCAGGAGAAACAGCAGCUAUGACAAUACCUACUACACUGAGGUGCAGCCAAGAACCCUCACUACAAACAAAAUCGCGUCCCUUUCCAGCUUAGACUGCCUGUCUAAUAUAGUGGAUCGCAUCUCUUCAACGGAUCAGUGUCUCCAUCCUGUACCAGACUUACUUUCUUUGUCUCCAACCUGCAGCACUGACUCUGUGACAGGGACCCCUGACUCUGGGAACUGCAGCCCGGUCUACCACGUGCUUUGAAGUUUAAUAUUAUCCUAUGUAGUCGUAUAUGACUUACUAAGGGACAACCAGCAUCUUCAUACAAUUCUUAAGCCUUGACAUUCUUGUGUAUAUUUGUAUAUAAAAAAAAAUCUGUUAUUUGUAUAUGCAUAAAUUAUAUUUACAUACUAUAUUUAAAAAGAACAUUGUAAUUUUUUCAGAAUCUACAAGAAUUAUUUUGAUUAUGCCUAAAUGCAACUUUGUAUUAUGCUAUUGAUAUUUUUUUAAAGCAAUUUGAUAACUUGACUGUGAUGAGACAUUAAACAAGGAAUUUGUAAUUGCUCAAAGCAAUGUAA